AUGGGAGCUAAUAUUUCGACUGAGUAUGAAGCCAAUGGAUCAGCAAUGAACAAGGGCCUUGUUGUUACAUACAAUGGAUCAUCAGCAAACAAUAGUCGGGAUAUUGUAUCCAAUGGAUCGUCAUCAGCAAACAAGGGUCGGGUUCUUGCAUUCCACUCCUCCUCGAAAUGGAAGAGCCAUUUUGAAGCCUCAAAAGUGAAUUCAAAUCUGAUGGUCAUUGACUUCAAAGCUUCUUGGUGUGGACCUUCCCGAUACAUGGAACCUGCCAUGAAUGAAUUUUCUGCUAAAUAUACAGAUGUCCACUUCAUUAAAAUUGAUGUCGAUGAGUUGGAAGAUGUGGCUAAGGAAUUUGGAAUACAGAUCAUGCCCACUUUCAUACUGAUAAAGAAAGGAGAAGAAGUUGAUAAGCUAGUUGGAGCCAACAAAGAAGAACUCAGGAAGAAGAUUGAGAAACACAGGGUCUGA